AAUAUAUUCUCUAUUAUUAAAACCGAAAAGGGUAAAUUAGGCACAAGCAAUUUUCGGCCAGCAUGUUUUAAGGGAAACAAAUCUUAAUUUAUCUAUUUUUAUUUGGUAAGAUUUGAUUCUCAAUAUCCAUUCCAAUCUCUUCUACCGUAAAUUCUUCUAACGUAAAUUCUUCUUCUGUAAAAUCUUAUAUUCUAAAAACUCUUCAUCUCCGUAUUAUACCAAAAACCUGUAAGUCUGGGAAGCUUCAAGUCGGCGGCCAUGGAGGAUUUAGAAUAUCCGGCGUCUUUAGAAGAUGAAACAAUUGAACUUGUAUUUCCGGAAUGUGAUGCUAAAAGCAAACCGUUUGAGGGGCAGAUAUUUCCAAAUCUACAAUUAGCAUGUCAAUUCUACAAAGACUAUGCAAAACUAUGUGGCUUUGCAGCCAGAAAAAGUACAAGCACAAAAGUUGAUGGUACAAUUGUAACAUACUAUAUGUUAUGCAAUAGAGAAGGCCAUCCUCCUGUACCAGAUGUGUUGUUGAUGCCUGAAAGUGGAAGUUCAAUAAAAAAGCGUAAGAAAACAUCAUGCAAGGUGAAGUGCAUGGCACGAAUUAUUUUUCAAUAUUUGGAUUUAGGUGUAUAUAAGGUUCGUACGUUCAACGAGGGUCAUAACCACACCAUGGUUCCUACUGUAUCUCGACACCUUAUGCCCGUCAACCGGACUGUUACUCCCGUCCAUCAGAUGUGGAUUACUUCUGCCAUUAAAGCACGUAUUGGUCCUAUGAGAUCUUUUCGCAUGUACAGAGAGAUUGUGGAUAAAUAUGAAGACAUUGGAUGCACUAGUGAUGAUUUCAAAAAUUUUGCUCAUGAGCUCUAUGUUUAUGCACUUGAUUCAGAUGCUCACAUGAUUUUAGAAACAUUCAAGAAUAAAAAAGAGUUAGGCAAUGGCUUCCAAUAUUUUUACGAGGUAGACGAUGAGAACAGGCUGAUUCGGUUGAUUUGGACCGACGAAACAUCUAUCAGAAACUACAAAUUAUUUGGUGAAGACGUGUCCUUUGAUGCAACAUACAAUACCAACAGGUAUAAAUUGAUCUUCACACCGUUCACCGGUAGGGAUAACCAUGGCAAGUGUUUGUCAUUUGGUGCAGCCAUUAUAUCUCGAGAAGACGUUGAUUCUUAUUCUUGGGUUUUGGAGAAGUUUGUGGAAUGCGUGGGAAAUGCCCCACCACUAUUAAUAACUGAUUAA